CACUGACUUGAACUAUCUCAACUAUUAUCCAAUAUACAUGCACGUUCUAUCACGUCUAUCGCCGAUCUUCUAUCUCACUCGAAUUGUUACCUACUUAGGUAUGUAGUUCCUAUCUAUAUGUACGGUAUGUAAGGCUAGGCCGAGACGAGACAAAUGGCGGCGACUCACGAUGGUAAACUCCGGUGACGGCCAGAAAAAAGCGGAAGCGGGGCGUAUCCCCAGUCGGUUACCGCAGGUUUCGACCGCCUGCAAAAUUGGAUCGUUACCUAAGGUACCUAGGUAAAGACUGGAGCUCUUGUCAGCCUGUUUUAAGAAAUUCAAGGUGAAUGAUCUCCUAGUGUAAUCGACUUUCUAAUGGUCUAUCGCCUCUCUUAGUCUAACUUAAUAAUGAUAUCUCUUUGACAUCAACUAAAUCCUCUAUUCUUAGAGGUUUGAUAAUCUCAAAGUUUAUGAGUCCUAUGGCUUGAAGGCUUGAACUUUGCUCUUGCUGCUUAUAUAUUCGCAUUACCACCGAACCUGUUAUCUUUUUCUAUCAAGUGUGUAACCAGGGAAUUUCAUAUUUUAAAGUUAUAUAUAGGACCGCGACAAUGUCUAGUUCGACACCAAUUCCGCAUAAGAAAAAGGGGCUGGAUAUUGCUUCAUCCUUCAGAUCCGCCUCACCUAUAGCGCAAGAGAUAUUAGCGAGGGACAUCGCCGAAUGCUCCGAAGAUGAAGCAGCCGAGGAUGUGUUCGAUGACGACGAUGAGUCUGGUUCCGGGUCUGGAUCCGAAAGUGGGCCAGUGUUGUACCAACGACCUACUGGUGUGGCUUUUGGUUACAGGCGGCCAAGCUUAGUAACCGAUCAAGUGAACGGUCCCAUUCUCACGAAGGUUGAGAAGAAACAGUCCCGCGAUGCUGAACGCAGCUUGUUAAGGGAUAAUCACAUACUUCCGCCGAAGCACGCUCCAGAAAAGAAACCUAGGGUUUUGACGAGACUCUACAAGGCCUUGUUUAGUACCAAGGUACCUAGAGCGCCAGAGGAUGAGGAAGUUCCAAGGAUCACGGUUCAGCCAUCGGAGACCUCGCCUCUACUCCCCGGUAGCACUGAAUCACCAGACUCGCCUCAUGAACACUUGAAUGAACAAUGGGACGCCGCCGUAGCCUCGGGAAUAAUAGAGACUACGUGGCAGAGAGAAACGAAGACAAUUACGAUCUACUCCCGGUCUCUUAUCUUAACAUUCUUAUUGCAAUAUAGUAUUAAUAUUGCUAGUAUAUUCGCCGUCGGACGGAUAGGAAAGGUAGAACUAGGCGCCGUUAGCUUGGCUACCAUGACAGCAAAUAUCUUGUGCUACGCUCCGAUGCAAGGCCUAGCCACAAGUCUGGACACACUCUGCGCACAAGCCUAUGGCUCGGGACACAAGCAUCUAGUUGGCUUGCAACUCCAACGAAUGACGUAUUUCUUGUGGACGCUUGUCAUACCAGUCGCUGUACUGUUUUUCUUUGCCAAGGAUAUACUGCUUCACAUUGUCCCCGAUCCGUUGUCCGCCGAAUUUGCGGGUCUUUACCUAAAAGUUAUCAUCGCAGGUAUACCAGGUUUCGCUGCAUUUGAGGCAGGCAAGCGAUUCGUCCAGUCGCAGGGCCUAUUCAUUGCGACGACUUACGUCUUGUUAAUUGCCGCCCCUUUGAACAUAUUUAUCAAUUGGUUUCUGGUUUGGCAUGUAGGAUGGGGCUUCAUCGGUGCCCCCAUUUCCGUCGCUAUAACGCAAACAUUGAUGCCUAUACUAUUGCUCUCGUAUGUGCUAUUUGUGGACGGAUCACAAUGCUGGGGAGGUUUCACACCGCGUGCUCUUACAAACUGGGGUCCUAUGAUUCGAUUGGCGUUACCGGGAAUGGUGAUGGUUAUGGCCGAGUGGCUUGCUUUUGAAAUCCUCACAUUGGUUACGAGUCAGUUCGGAACGUCGUACCUGGCGGCUCAGAGCAUUCUCGUUACAUUGACGUCAACGACUUUUAUGAUUCCCUUCCCCGUGUCUAUUGCUGCGUCUACACGGGUUGCCAAUUUAAUAGGGGCGAGAUUAAUAAAUGCUGCCAAGACGUCAGCCAAAGUUGCGUUCUGGGCAGGAUGUAUUAUUGGAUUGUUUAACCUGGUUUUAUUGUCUAGUCUCCGCUACCAACUCCCUCUCCUCUUCACACAAGACGAAGAGGUGAUCGCGAUUGUGGCGAAAGUUAUGCCGCUUGUUGCGGUCAUGCAGGUUUUCGACGCGAUGGCUGCAGUGGCCCAUGGAUUGCUUCGUGGCAUCGGAAAGCAGUCUUUUGGAGGUUACGCAAACUUGUCGAUCUACUAUCUAAUUGCGUUGCCGAUCUCAUUCGCAACUGCAUUCGCACUGGAUUGGAAACUUACCGGUCUAUGGUUAGGAACUACUAUUGGGCUCGCCUUGGUCGGCGCGGUGGAAUAUUGGUACACAUACAUCUCGGACUGGGAACAGUCAGCUCGGGACGCGGAAAACCGGAAUGCAGCUGGUUAACGAAUAUUAUGGGAUUGUUAUGAGAGUUGGUCAGACGAUGAUAAUGUUUGUAUUCGGUUUUGAACAACAGUGUAAGCUGUCAUACUGCGCGAUUUCUUCAUGGUGUAUACACUACGGGUAUAUGCUGAGUCGAACAUAUGUCUCCGAUCUCACACCGAAUCAUUUAUUGGGGGUGACAUGAGCGACGACUUAUCAGCCGGCCACCUAUGCAAUAUUCAAGUAAUACGGUGAUACAAAGAAGGAUACCUAGGUAUUGGUGACAUUGACGACAUUGGUGAUAGGCGAUACUUCUUGGCUGGUUCCCUGGCUUGUAGGGAUAAUAGCAUGCACAGUAUCCGAACAAAUCUGUAUCUUCCAACCUUAUAUAAAUUAAAAUGGUAGAUUGAUUGGAUUUCAACAUGGAUCUUGCACCUAUAA